AUGUCUUACUUGACGUCUGAAAAUGGCACGAUGGUUAAUAUGAUAAAGCAAAAGUUUGAGCAAAACUUGUCUACUAAAACUUCAAUUGAAAACAACACUAAAGAUAAUCAUGACAAUGAGGAUAAUGACCAGAAAGAACAAUUACGCAGAUCACUAAGUGCUUCUCCAGUUAAAAUAAAAAAAAACUUGAAGCUAAAUGUCACGAGACAGUUAUCGAAUCCUGGUAAAAAUAUUAAACGAACGCCGGCUUUCAGGGGAGACAAGCUUACGAAGAUAAGAAACUUGCAUUCGCCGUCCAAGGAAAAAGUAUUUUCCAUAGUUAAUCAAAAUGUCAAAAUAUUCGAAGAGAAACCAGAGUACGGUAAGCUAGGUAAGGUCAAAAAAAAAUCUAUAGAAGAUGAUGAUGAUGAUGAUGAUGAUGAUGAUGCACAAGAUAAAGAUUUUGAUGUUGUAGAUUAUGGUGACAAAAAUAAGUACGAGUAUAAAAGUAUUAAGAACAGUAAUCGGCCACCGUUGACCAAAGAGAAGAAGAUAACUAAUGAAAAUUCUGUUAAAACAACUGUGAUCUCACGACAGAAAAAUAUAUCACCUAUUUAUAACUUAGAUUAUGAUUUUGGUCAGGCAUCAAAACGUCUUAAUACUACUAAUGAUCAUGUUGUUUCAUUUAAUAAUUUACAAAAAAAAAAUCCAACUCAAUUUGACAAAUUUAUAAUGAAUGGUGCUGAGUAUACAAAAGUAAUAAAAUCCAAGACUGUUAAUGAUAAAAGUAUAAAAUUUAAUGAUUUUACUCAAGAUAAUGAUGGAGAUAAUACAAUGAUAGACAUUAGAGAGGAAUUAUCACGACGAAAAUCAACGAAGCUUGAGAAAGAUGAGUAUAAUAAUAAUUCAUGUGAAGCAACUGUAAUUAUCCCAGCUGCUUCUUUUUCAAAGUCUGAUGAUGAAUCAACUGAUGAAUUAACCAACAGACUGAAAGCAGCAUUAAAAGCUCCACUGCCAUCUGGUCCUCCACCAAAAAAACCUCCCAGGACUUUUGCUCACUGCCCGGUAAGUCGAAGAUAUAAUUUAGAUGCUGAAGAAAAUGUUAAAUCUUUGUGGACUCGUGAUAGACUAAAUUCUUGUGGAAAAAAUACCGGACUCGAUGUUACUGGAUCGUCAAAAUCUGUUAGGAAUUAUGAAGUUAUUCCUGGUGAUGAAGAUAGUAGUGAAGCGGAUAAUGGCAAUGGUAACGAUGAUGAUAAUGAUGAUGAUGAUGAUGAUGUUGUUGUUUCUGGGUCUUCAAAAGACCGGGUAAGAAUAGGAGAGAAAGAAACUGGACUAAGCUCAGCACACAAUGUACAAAAUUUGAAUAGUGCAUUGCCCAGUAAAAAUAGUUCAGCAUUAAAUGACAUUAAAGAACACUCUCCCACGGCAUCAACGAGUUCCGUUAAAUGUCGCACCGUUCGUGACUCGAAGAAAAUGUUGGAAAAACUUGAAACUGUGUUAAUUCAACAUCAAAAAGCCCUGGGACCAAAAGUUAUAGUACCUAGAAAAGAAAAAUUCGAAUUAGAUAUGCAUUUUAAUAAUAAUAUCAGCAUUAAUAAUAAAAAAAAUCAAAAUGAUUUGAACAAUAUUGAAAAUACGGAUAAAAAUAAAUUUUUCAACAGGCUAUCUUGUACAUUAGAUGAUCCUAAAAAAGGAAAUAAUGAAAGUAAGAAUUCAGAGUCAAAAACACGUAAGCACUCGACGUUUGAUUGUUUGCCAUAUUUAAAUUGUGCGAGUCCAAUGAUGUAUGAACAGCCGAAUUUUAAAACAUACUUUACAGAAUCAUCCUCGGUGUCAUUAAAUGGAUUGAAGUCUAAAUCUGAUGACGUUUUAAAUAAUUCAAUUUCAAAUAUUUUAACGAGUAAUAAUGAUUUUUAUGAUCAGCAAUUGAGUCCAGCUGCUAAAAGAUUAUCAACAGAAUUAACGACAUUUCUUGACGGUAAACGGCGACAAAGUAAUUCAUCAGCUAAAAAUGAAGAGCGUAUUUAUGCAGAGCCAUUUUCAUUUGAUCAAAAAAGCGGUACAGAUAUUAUGGAGUUAAGUAAAUUAUCACCGGAAGAGCACAAUUAUUUGUCCCAUAAUUGGCAUCAGUGUGACAAUGGAUUUAUUAGUAAUCAAAAGCGGCAAAAUACUUCUGAUGAAUCAUUAUCCUUUCCGCCGAGAGAAAAGAAGAGAGAACCCGAGUUGCAUUAUAUGUGUACACCAAUAGAUCCACUUCUUUUGGAAAAUAACAAUAACACAUCAAAAACUAAGGAGUUGGAUAAAUUAUCACAAGAUAUUAAUUUUCAUACAUUUCUCAAUAAAUCCAAUUCAUUGUCCAGAUCAUUUUUGGACGGACCAAGUCAAAUUAAGGUGGAGCAGCUAUUGAAUCAAGCAUUCAGACAGAGUACGAUGGCUGGAGUGGAGAUAUCGACUGACUCAAACACUUCUUCAGACACAGACUCCAUAGCCUCUACACCCUCAUCAGCCAACGACGAACUGUCGAGCUUCAAUGAAAAAUUACGAUUGUUUAAGCACCGAGAAAACAGCACCAGUAAAACAAAUAAAGAAGAAUUGCAUCGUAGUCUUACUGAAAAAAGGAAACAUUAUGUUAGGCGUGUUUCUAUAAAGUAUUCGGAAAAACAUGAGACUAGCCUUCGAGACCGACAUGAUAAACUGUUUGAUGUCUGUUUGCUUGUCGAGCUCAAUUUAUGUACUAGAGAACCGUACAUCAAAGAUAAAUAUCCUAUAUAUGCAAAAACACCAGCAUGGAUUGAAAAUUUUUGUUUUCCUGACGCUCAAGAUUGGCCAUCAUCAGACUUAAAUCAAAAUCAAUUUUAUUCUCUAUUUUUGAUGAACGAUAAAGGUGACUGCAGGUACGGUUAUUGUUGCCGAGUUAAACCAGAAGGUGGACCGAUACUACCCCUUGCUUACUGUAUGAUUACUAAAUUUCGAGCCAGUGGAUUUUAUCACAAAGUUUUAUUAGAACUUGAAUCGCGACACGGAUUACCUGAUAAAAGACGUAGAAAAUUUAUUGAAGAUUUGUAUAAUAGUCCAAUGCCAAAGCCAGGCAAUUGUAUUAAAUUAACAACUGAUAAAAUAGAAAUAUUAACCGUUAGUAGCCAUAACAAUAAUUUUAUGAGUAAUGACAAUGACAUUUGUUCAACUGCUAGUGAAACAAAUGGUACAAAUGAUGUCAUAUUAAAUAAUGAACAUAGAUCUGUUAAAGUAGAACCUGGCUCGCCAGAGAAAAUAAUUGUACGUUCAGGUGAUCCUAGAUUAGAAGAAAAAGACAUGAGUCAAUUAUUUGACGCCGUAAGCAAUAAAGUACUUAUAUUUUUAUUUGGUACUUUAUUAUUGGAACGCCGUGUCGUUCUCGUUUGUGAAAAAUUAAGCAAACUGUCGUCGUGCGUUGAAGCGCUCCAGAGUUUACUUUAUCCAUUCAAUUGGCCGCAUACAUUCAUCCCCGUUCUACCUGAUAUUCCAGAGCUAUCUGAAAUUUUACAAGCACCGCUGCCGUUUGUUAUUGGUAUUUUGAAGUCCAAAAAUGGAGUAAAUACUCAAGUGGACUCUGUACAAGAUGGAAUUGUUAUUGAUCUCGAUACGUCGAAAGUCCUUUGUGCAGUGGGAGACGAGUCAACUAUUUUGCCGUCACGACUGCAAAAAGGGAUCCGGUGUGCAUUGCAAUUGGUAUCGAGCAAUGUCAGGCCAGGUGAUGGAAUCAGAAAUUAUCUUGUUUCUGAAGCAUUUCUUCGGUUGUUUAAAGAAUCAUUCGUUAAAGCAUCUCCUAGUAAAACUUACAGAUAUUUCCUCGAGUGGUUUGUAGAAACUACAAUGUUUAAUACAUUCGUGACGGAUUAUAUUGCCCACAUUGAAGGUACCACAGUCCACGAUUACUAUAAUAUUAAAUUAUUCAUCCAAAGAGUUGCGGAAUAUCGAAAAUCUGCCGAAACAAAUUCGCAAUCCAAGAAGUUUUUGUCUAAAAAAAAAACUUUUGGUGAUCGUCUUAAAGAUUUAACAAAUUUUUACACUUAA